UUGACUUGGUGUUCUGUGUGCAGGCGGAAGCAGAAGCUUCUGUGUGCUCUGUUAAAUAUGGUUCCUGCAUCACUGUCUGACACUUCCAUAGCAUUAGCAUUGAUUGUCUAAUUUUAAACUGAAUAAACACAAGCGUGAUCUUUGACUGUUGCACAGUUCUGCAUGUUCCCAUGAUGAGGCUUGAUGAAGUUAGUGAGGGGAGUCUCAGACAGUGCUAAUGGGAGAUGGCCAAGGAGACCAGGCAUGUGACAAGGAAAAUACCAACUUCAUGUGACCCAUGGCUAAGGAGCGGCUCAUAGGCGAAGACAAACACCCAUUUGUGUUUUUUUCUUCAGUCAGUGCUGAUCCACUGAGGAAGAUCCACCAGUCAGAUUGUCUUCCCCCUGGGUGAAGCCACAGUGGUCAGGAUGCAGUCUAUUAAGACAGUGGAGACUCAAGUGCCCUUUCUGAAAGAGAGUUUCUUUACUACCACUUUCAAAGGCAGGAGGAAGAGCAGUGUUUCCAAUAUCCUCCGCAAACAACAGCACUCACUCCUUAAUCAACAAUGUCAACAACAACAGUGCAUUUUAGAGCACCAGCUGCAGCAUCCUAAGCUAUUUCUUUUCCCGUCGGUCGAAAAUGGAGAAGGGCAACGCACACCAGAGCAUCAGCGCCUUGCUCGCUCGAACAGCAGCCCGUUAUGCAAGACAGCUGAGCGUGCAGGAGCAGAUGGGGAUAGAAAGGAGGGGCAAAAGGAGAGGAAGGAUCAGAGAGUCAGAGAGGCUGUGCAGGAAAGUGGGGGGGAGCGAGUAGUGAGUGGUAGUGAGCCCGCGGCUGUCAGUGCUAGUCUCCUCCUCCUUUCAUCAUCAGCAUCAGCGGCACUGGGGAAGGCAGCAUCAUUCUCCCAGCUGCCUUUAACUGUAGUGGGCAGACAGCAGGGAUUAGGCGGCUCUGAAAACACUCCAACCAACAGAGGACAAGCAUCAGUAGCAGCCCAUGAGGAAGCCCUGCUUUCCCAGCCUCGACCCCAACAGCAUGGCCUGUUAGCCAAGGGUGUCCGCCUGCUCAGGAACAUGGGGAACCAGGAAACCAAGCAGAAGAAAGGAGGAGGAAGUGGUGGAGCAGCAGGGGACGUCUCCGGUAAUGGUGAUGCUGGUGAGAGGGAAGUAGACAAAAAAUCUAAAAAGUCCCACAAUAAGAUAAGUAAAGGAGGAGAACAUACUGGUAGGAAGAAAUCAAAGUCAGAGUCGAAGGGUUCUGUGUUUUCUGGUAUGAAGAUCAGGAAGAGUUUAUCAAAGGCCAAAGGGUUGUCUAAGGAUGACUUGUUGGAAGAUGGGAGUUCAGCGAACUUUGACAAAGCAGGGCUUAAGCCUGGUGCAGAGUCGAGCCUGUCAGCUGAUGAGAUGGGCAUGCUAUCAGAUGCUGAGGGGAACCUAAGCCGUUUGACCACAGACAGUCACCAAUCUAUGUUUGACGAGAUUGGCCGGAAGACAAGCUCUGGGUCGGAUGCUGACCUUUACAGUUUUCACUCAGCAGCAGCUGAAAAUGAAGACCUGCUCUCUGACAUCCAACAGACCAUAAGAGACCAAUGUAUGGCAAGUGAAAAAGACCCAGAAAAGGAAAUAUCUCACCAGCUAUUUAAUUUGGAUAUGGAAGUUUUCUUUCCCCCAGAUCGUAGCGAAUGCAUAUCUCAAGAAUUAAGCGAAGAGAAUAAGGAACUACAGAAAGAAAGCGGAGUCAUACCCAUAUCAAGAAAUUCAUCUGGUCCAGGGUCCCUGAGUGGGAGUGGUCCAUCAUAUUCAGGCCCAGAUAGCAGUGGCAGCCUUUUCCCAAAGACUAACAGCACAUAUAGCUUCCCUGACACUACAGCCACCACCACCUCGUAUGAGAGUGCUGAGGAGCCCCAGGAUGACCUGGAGAGCCCGGUUCAGCAGCAUCAGGAUAAUCUGACUGCACAGAGCACAUGUGUGCCGUGUGUCCGCUUGGAUCCUGUGGUGGCAGGGGCGGGGCCGAUGGGGCCUCAGAAAAGUGUGAGCAGCAUGGAUCUGUCUAUGGAGAGGGAGGGUGAAGAGGAAACCGGGAGACGGGACUUCCUGUCCCUGAAAAGGAGGAAGAGUAGUUUGUCUAUUAGCCUGCUGGUAACAGACGGUGCACCUGUUUCUCAGCCUAGACGGACCUCCUCCAACUCCCCCUCCACUGUUAAACUCUACCCUCCAGUCCACCCCUCCUAUGUUAAGACCACCACCAGGCAGCUCACCUCUCCAGUUAGCUCCCCCAUUACCAGCCCCCAUGUGCCCAGGAAAACAGAUGCCAUGGAUACUUCAGUGGAAUCCAGUGGGGCCAAGGGAUUUAGGAGGCACAAGCAGAGGUCCUGCUCCAUUGCUGGGCCCAUCGGUGUGUCUGUGGACUGGUCCACAGAGCUAGAUGAACUAAGAAGAAGACAGGGUGGCUGGGCCAAAUUCCCAGAGCAGGAGAAACCAGAAAAGAGUCACACAGGUGGGAUUUACUGGACACUGGGCUCCAGGAGAGCACAUGGCCGGCAGACCUCCACUACUGCAGUACCCUACCUGGAUGUCUUCUCUGGUCGUGCUCUGCUGGACUGGCUGUGCGUGGAUCAUGGGGAUGAGUCUACAGAAGAGGAGGCGAAAGAAUUGUGUCACCGAAUGUUGGUCCAGAGUCUGUUGCAACCCUUCAGUGACAGCACCGCAGAGCUUUAUGGUGACAGCACUCCCUCGGCUGUCUUUAAUGAGGAGCAGCUAUACACCUGGGCAUCUGUAGGCCUGCCGGUAUCGUCUCACCUGUGGGAACUCUAUGGGGGGCGAACCACAGGCAGAGAACAGAGCUUGAGACCCUCAUUGCAUCAAUCACCAGCUAAGACACCAGGAGCUCUACACUCUCAGACAGAUUCCAGCAGGUUGAAGUCAGGUCAGUCAUCCUCAGAGGAUGAAAGCUGUCUCAUCCCUCAGUUGGAGAGGACCAUCGAUGACCUGCGGAUUAAGAUUGCUGUGUUGCAGGGCCAGCAGUCUUCCUUGGCAAAAGGAAGCUUGGAUAUUAUGGGAGCUCUGGGAACUGCCCACCACAAGGCCUCACAGAUAAGAGGAGGAAGAUUGGGAAAGAUGAGCCAGGAGGUGUCUGUCCAGACCUCGCCAGUGGAGGAGGGUUUUAAAUUUGACGUGCCUUUCAAUGGAGGAUCAGGCAGCACGUCAUCCUCUGUGUCAUCCUCCAUCCCCAAAUCUACAGAGAGCUUUGUCUGCACGUGCCAGCAGAGGCGACAGGGCAGCGUCCGUCCAGCCCCCCUGCCCGUCCCUCCCCCUCCAAUCUCUGGAGGUAUGCCCCCGCCUCCACUAUCACCACCUUUACCAGGGGGCAUCGCUCCUUCUUCUCCCCCACCACCUCCCCCAUCCUUGCCUGGGCUUCGACCUUGUCCACCACCUCCUCCCCCACCUCCUCCUCCACCACCGCCUCCCCCACCUCCUCCUCCACCACCAGGUUUUGGACCUCCGCCACCUCCUCCCCUACCUGGUUUUGGACAUCCACCCCCUCCUCCUCCAGUGCCAGGUAUGGGCCCUCCUCCACCACCGCCUCCCCCUGGAAUGGGCCCCCCUCCUCCACCCCCACCCCCAGGCUUUGGGCCUCCACCACCACCAGGCUCCAUGCCCUCCAUGAUGGCCCAGGAAGCUCCCCCUGCCAAGGCUGUUAUAGAGCCCCCCAAGCCAAUGAAACCACUCUACUGGACACGCAUACAGCUGCAUGCUAAAAAACCCACUGACUCGCUGGUGUGGGAGAAAAUUGAGGAACCAACUGUGGACUUCAAAGAAUUUGUGGAACUAUUCUCCAAAGGUGCCGUGAAGGAGAAGAAAAAACCAAUUUCAGACACAUUCAGCAAGUCCAAGGCCAAGCAGGUGGUGAAGCUUUUGAGCAACAAGCGUUCACAGGCUGUGGGUAUUCUGAUGUCCAGCAUUCAUCUUGAUAUGAAGGACAUCCAGAAUGCCGUCCUAAAUAUGGAGAACACUGUCGUUGAUCUGGAGACUCUGCAAGCCCUUUAUGAAAAUAGAGCUCAAGCUGAUGAGCUUGAUGGCAUUAAAAAGCAUAUAAAAUCAGCCAAAGACAAGGAGGAUGCCAAGCCACUGGACAAGCCUGAACAGUUUCUAUUCCAGUUAUCUCAAAUCCCCAACUUCUCUGAACGAGUGUUCUGCAUCCUGUUUCAGUCAACUUUCCAUGAAUGUAUCACCUCAAUCCUCCGCAAAAUCGAAAUCCUUCAGAGAGUAUGCAAGACUCUCCAGAAUGGUGAGUUUGUAUUGCAGGUGCUUGGCCUGGUGCUGGCUUUUGGCAACUUCAUGAACGGAGGUAAUCGGUCUCGAGGGCAGGCUGAUGGCUUCACCUUGGACAUUCUGCCCAAACUGAAGGACGUUAAGAGCAGUGAUAACUCCCAGAGUCUUUUGUCCUACAUUGUUGCUUACUAUCUAAAGCACUUUGAUGAGGAUGCUGGCAAAGAGACUUGUGUCUACCCUCUGCCCGAGCCCCAGGACCUGUUCCAGGCCUCCCAGAUGAAGUUUGAGGACUUUCAAAGAGAUCUGCGCAAGCUGAGGAAAGACCUCAAUGCAUGCUCAGCUGAGACGGAGAAAGUUUGCAAGCUGUCCUCUGAAGUGAACCUGCAACCCUUUAAGGACAAGAUGGAAGGAUUUCUUAGCCAAGCAAAAACUGAACUGGAAACACAAGAGAAGCAGCUGGGAGACACUCAGAAGAUCUUCUUGGAGUUGAGCGUGUCCUUCUCAGUUAAACCCAAAGGAGGAGAGAAAGAGGUUUCUCUCAAUACUUUCUUCUCCAUUUGGCACGAGUUUUCCACUGAUUUCAAAGACCAGUGGAAGAAGCAGAAUAACCUGAUGUUAAAGGAACGUGUGAAAAAGGCAGAAGAGUGCUUCAAACAGGCCAGGGAGAAGGCUUCCUACAGUGUGAAACCUAAACAUGCAACUGGAAUAAAAGCAAAGCUGGGUCAGAAGAUCUGACGCAGAGAAUGGAAAAUUAUCAUCACUAAGCCUAUUGCACAAGCACUGUUUGUACAAUCUGACAAUGACUCAUCAGUCAUUUUUACAUUUAUUUGCUUCCAGUAUUUGUUUUCAAUUGAUUUAGACCUGUGGUUUAUUGUGAGUUGGUUCAAAGUGGAUAUUAUGUGAAUAUUGUUUAAAAGUGGAAUGAAAAAUCACAUUCUUAGCCCCCCUUUGAUAGCACUUGCACAAUUAAAUGAAAUAUUGCUACCAAAAGACACCCUUAAGCUGAGAUGAUUAAAUGUGGUUGAGUCAUUCGCCAGAAAAUGCUCAUUGGAGUCUGAAAAUUGUAACACUAUAUUCAGUAUUUUAUAAGCCAUAUGUAGCCUGUUUUCUUCUUAGUGCAAUUCCCAAGCCUAGUUUAUUAGGAUGGCAUGGACACUCCCUCUUUAUGUCUCCUUCCUUAAUGGUGAAAAGCACAGAAUUUUAUAACAUUUGUAUAAGAUAGGUAUAGAUCACCUGCCAGAUAGAAAGUGCCUUAUCUUACAGAGGAGAGGUAAAAAUGAGUGCUGUAGACAUAUCAUCUGUAUUUAAAUGUUACAUGUAAAGAAGAAAAUCUGUUUUACAUGGACUGAAACAUCACAUGCAAGUUCCAUCAUGUGUGUUUCAGAACCUAUUAAUGAUUAUACAUGUUUUACAUACAGCACCUUCCGCAUUGUGGUUUAAUAUCCAAAAGGCUGUGCAUACCUAAGCAGUGUGAUCUGAUGCAGACCUAAUUUUGUUUUAUUCCACAGUAUUGUCAACUUGCAUUAUGUUUUAAGCAAAAUACUAUGCAGUUUUGCCUUUCCAACUACAUUUGAGUGUGUGAACUCCCAUAUGCUAAUAGGGCAAUAGGACCAUGUGACGUGAUCAUGUGCAAUACCAACAAUAUGUUUUGAUUGAAUACCCUUGACCAUGAAAAAAAUAUAUUUAUUGAAUAAAAAGAAAUUACAUCAUUUUUUUUAAUAAAAAUUCUGCUGUU